AUGGCUGUGAUGGAAAAAAAAAUUGAUAAAAAUAUUGAAAAUGGUAACGUGGAAGUGAACAGUGGUGAUAAAAAAAAAUUAUUAUUAUUACAAUUGUUUAGUAGAGCUUUCAAUGACGAUUCUUUAGAAAAAUUAUAUUUAUCAUAUAGCGUUAAACAAAAACGUGAGGGUCUUCAUUGCUUCAUAUUAUCAUCAAUACUUUACGAUAUUUAUUAUUUAUCCAUUCCUUGUGAUUUAAAUAAUUUCAAUUGGACACUCGUCGGUUUUUUACUAUCAAAUUUAUUAUUAUUAAUAUGGUGUUUUUUCGGAAUGGAAAAAUUUUUAUGGCUAUGGCCUGCCAUACCCUAUCUAUCGUGGAUUAUAUCAAUAUCGCAACUUUUGAUGGGUUUAAUAUUUAAAAAUGGCGACGUCACGGGUCACGAUAAUCUCGGAUGGACCGUUUUAUUGGAUUAUCUCAUUUACGUUCUUUUACCACUUCGUCUUCGGUAUUGCGUUUUGCUCAGUUUGGUCACUUGUGCCUCCUACCUUGUAACAGUUGGUCAACUCGUCAAAAAUAAUUCUCAUAUUAUCGAUCAGUUUAGUGCCAAUUUUCUGCUACUCUUAGCCGCCAACGCACUUGGAUUAGCAACUUAUCUCUUAUCGGACAAACAACAAAGAAGAGCUUUUUUGGAAACUCGUCAAUCUCUCGAAAUGAAAAUGUUAGUAGAAGAACAAUCCGCCGAACAGGAACGAUUAUUGCUGUCGGUUUUGCCGGAGCACGUGGCUGUUAAAAUGCGACAGGAUUUAGGUUCAGCUCUUGACAGCCAAUUUAAAAAAAUUUACAUGAGCCGUCACGAAAAUGUCAGUAUUCUUUACGCGGAUAUUGUUGGUUUUACCGCCAUUUCUUCAACUUAUUCAGCAUCGGAAUUGGUUAAAAUAUUAAAUGAACUUUUUGCCAGAUUCGAUAGAUUAUCCGAGAGAUAUCAUCAACUACGAAUAAAAAUAUUAGGUGAUUGUUAUUAUUGUAUAAGUGGAGCACCGAGAGAAAGACCGGAUCAUGCCGUUUUAUGCGUUCACAUGGGCCUAUCAAUGGUCAAAGCUAUAAAAUACGUUCAACAAACGUGUAAUUCUCCGGUCGAUAUGAGAGUUGGAAUACACACAGGAGCCGUACUUGCAGGUGUUUUAGGACAAACUCAAUGGCAAUUUGAUGUUUAUUCGAAAGAUGUAGAAUUAGCUAAUAAAAUGGAAAGCAGCGGUAAACCCGGAAAAGUUCACAUAUCGGAAAAAACUUUAAGUUUUUUAAAUGAUGAAUUCGAAGUUGAACCUGCUUAUGGUGAAAAAAGAGAAGAAGCUUUAAGAAUGGCUGGAAUGAAAACUUAUUUUAUCGUUAAAGUAUUAAAACCGUUUAAACCGUUAAAAUCGAACGUUAAUAAUGGAAAUAUUCGAGAUGAUUCGUCGCAAAAUUACGACAGCGAUUACGAUGGAAAAGACGUCGAUGAAGAUUUCGAGCAGAGAACAAGCCCACAAGAAGAAGAAAAUCAAAUGCUCAAUAAUGAGAAAACUAACGAUGGUACAGAAGAUUUUAAAAAUCAAUUAAGAAAAGAGUUGAUUAAUAAAGGAGGCUUAAGCACUUUAUCUGAUCACACGACUUGGUUCACACUUUCUUUCAAAUCGAAUAAAAAAGAAAAAGAUUUUAAUCAUAAUAAAGAAGCAGCAGCAACAAUUUCCCUUUUGGGUUGUCCGUUUGUUCUACUGUUUAUAUCGAUAGCACAAUUUAUUAUUUUACCAAGAGACGAAUUAAGUUUUUUGUCUUUCACAACUGGAUUUACCAUUCUCGUGAUAUUUAGUAUAAUUGCAGUAGCCGAAUUGUUACCUUCGAUAUUUUUCAAAGAGAUUGUUCAAUGCAGUCUCACGGCAAGUAAUAUACUCUGGGUUAGACGUUUGUUGGCAGCCGUGGCAAUUUUAGUGUUGGCAUCGGUGAAUGCCGUCGAUAUGGUGAGUUUGAAUUUUUUUCCUCCUGAACAUGUGUCAUGUGAUAUAUCAUCUUCUCCUUUAAAUUGCACGGCGGGUGGUGACACAACCACCAUUUGUUUGUAUCCUUCUUAUUUUUCAUAUUUUUGCGUACUCGUAUUGGUCGCAGCAUCUCUUCCAACUCAAAUUUCUCAUCUAAUAAAAAUUGCAAUUUUUUUCAUUGUUGUCGCUCUUCAUUGUUCCAUGAAUUUUUUUGUCAUUUCUGCAGCACUCGAAUGCGAAGAAAAUUUCGAAAAUGACAUUUAUUUAGUAUUAAAAAGAAGUUCGAUGUUGGUUUGCGUUGCUCUUGCACUUUCAUUUUUGGCAAGACAUGUUGAAAAAGCGACAAGAGUAUUAUUUCAAUGGAAGACUGAAGUCGAAGAACAGAGAGAAAAAGCUUCGGAUAUCGGUAGAAGAAAUGAAGUUUUGGUUUAUAAUAUUUUACCACCGCAUGUCGCCGUCCAUUUUUUAGGAAAUAAAAAAAGACAACACGAAGAAUUAUACAGUCAAAGUUAUGCUGAAGUCGGUGUACUUUUUGCUUCUAUGCCUAACUUUUCAGAUUUUUAUUCUGAAGAAUCCGUGAACAAUCAAGGACUUGAAUGUCUUCGAUUUCUUAACGAAGUCAUUUCAGAUUUUGAUGCCAUUUUACAGCUUCCAAGAUUUCAAGAUAUAAUUAAAAUUAAAACAAUUGGAUCCACUUAUAUGGCCGCAAGCGGUCUCAAUCCAUCAAAAGUUGUUAAACCCGAUGAUUCGAUACAAGAACGUUGGGCUCAUUUAGCUUUGCUUGUUGAAUUCGCAUUUGAAUUAAAAACAGCUUUGCAAGGAAUUAACGAACAAAGUUUUAAUCAUUUCGUAUUAAAAAUGGGAAUCAAUCACGGUCCGAUAACAGCCGGUGUUAUCGGAGCUCGAAAACCUCAUUACGACAUAUGGGGAAAUUCGGUUAACGUUGCAUCAAGAAUGGAAAGCACUGGAAAAGCGGGUUGUAUACAGGUUACGGAAGAAACUUGUAAAAUUCUACAAAAUUUCGGAUACGUUUUCGAACAAAGAGGUUUAGUCACAGUUAAGGGAAAAGGACAACUAAUGACUUAUUACUUAAUCGGAAAAGAAGCAAAUGAAUAUAAAACAUCAGUUAAACCCGAUAUAAAUACAAUUGUUGAUGAUGAUGAUGAUGAUGAAAGUACAAAAAUGACAACAACAAUAGAAAAUGAUGAAGGCCCUUCAUCGGAAUUAAGUGAAACGAGACUUUUAAAUUCCGAAAUAAUACACAAUGAUAUUUAA